GUAAGAGUUUUAAAAUAAAUAGAUACAUUUAUAUAAAAAAAUCAGUUUUUUAAAAGUAGGUCUAGUGGCAAUAGAUUUAAUAUUCUAGGGUACACUAAGGGCAGAUAAUAAGAAUGAUCCUGAAUUAAUAAUACUGAUUCUGUUUUUUUUUAGGCAAAACUAGAAGGUUUAGUGGAACAAUCAAAAGGGUUAUAAUUGGUGGCGGAGGAGCCAUCUGCAGUGUUCUGGCUUUCACCAUCUUAUGGUGGUGCUGGAAGAUAAUGCAGAAGCCAUCAGGAGCAACUGAUUUGCUAAUCGACGGAGAUAGAACUGACUCGUACGAGGUUGUGGCAGCUCGAGUUCAACGGAUAGAGUUUCUAACUAUAGCUGAAGCAACAAACGACUUUUGUGAUUCAAACAUACUUGGCAAAGGUGGAUUUGGUACAGUUUACAAGGGAAAAUUAGUUGAGGGGACAGAUAUCGCUGUGAAGAGACUGACCAGAAUGUCAGAUUCGGGAACCUCUCAGUUCUUGAACGAGGUGAAUUUAAUUUCAGAACUUCAGCACUUCAAUGUUAUUAGUCUACUUGGGUAUUGUUUCCACAGUGACGAGCACAUAUUGGUGUUCGAGUACCACGCAAAUCGAAGCCUUGAUUUGUAUAUCUUUGGAAGUACCGAAAGCUCUAAGCUAAGUUGGAAAAUAAGACAUAAAAUAAUUAAAGGAAUCGCAAGAGGAAUGACGUAUCUCCACCACGAUUCAUGUGUAACGAUCAUCCACCGAGAUUUGAAAGUAAGCAACAUCUUGCUUGAUAAAGAUAUGAAUCCCAAAAUAUCGGAUUUUGGGAUUUCUCGACUAGUUAGUAGAGACCAUAUCCAAACCAACACGAAUAAGGUAGCUGGAACCCGGGGAUACAUAGCUCCCGAGUGCUGGUCUGACAAGAUAUUCACAAAAAAAACUGAUGUCUUUAGUUUUGGAGUUGUGAUUCUUGAAAUAAUAAGCGGCAAGGCGAACUAUAAGUUCACCAACUCUAAGGGAGAGACUAGUCUCCUCACAUGCAUGUGGAGGAACUGGGAAGAAGAAAGCUUGCUUGAGGUAGUUGAUCCAUCCAUUAUGGAUUCAUCAUCUUCACCGUUAACAAUGAUUCAGAUCGUUCGAUAUACCCAAAUUGGUCUGUUAUGCAUUCAAAAUAUUCCACAAGACAGACCUACAAUGUCCUCCCUUGUGGUAAUGUUUGAAAGUUCAACCGAACUUCCUCGUCCUAAACCUCCCGUUUAUUUUAACAGUGACACUACAUACAGUACUUUUGAGAUCGGUUCUACAUCUAUGUCGACAACAAUGUCCUCCCUUGUGCGUACAGAAUAUUCCACGAGACAUACCUACAAUGUCCUCCCUUGUGGUAAUGUAAGAAAGUUCAACAGAGCUUCCUCGGCCUAAACCUCCCGUUUAUUUUAACUAUGACACUACGAACAGUACUUUUGAGAUCGGUUCUACGUCUACGUCGACCAUACGGCCAACCAGCAAAUAUCAGUCAACUAUAGAACCUAGCUAAAGUUGAAAUGUUUUACUUUUCCUUAUAUCAAUAAACAUCAUGUAUGUAUUUUGUUGGA